AACAAUAAUUCUACUCAGUGCAGGCCAACGCGCAGGCCCGUUUAAACGCGUUCCUCUCUCGUAAAUAAUGUUUACGCAGGUACAAAUAUUACCUGUAUCAAUUAAACAUCAAAAAUAAUCAAAAAAAUCUAUUUUUAAAAAUUAAUUAUACUUCCUAUACAAUGAAAAAUCUUGCCGACAAAAAUUUCAUUACAAAAACAGUGUUUAAUUUACCUUACAGUGAUAAUUCAACUCACAAAGUGUCUGUUUACAAUCGAUGCAUUAUCGAACGAUAACACGAUUACAAUUAUUUGAUUUAUUUAAAAAAAAUAGAAAGAAAAAAAAAUACAUAGUCAUAUUUAAAAAUAUGAAACACGAUUAUCCAAUUUUUCAAAUUGUUUUAAAAAUUUUUUUUUGUUUUAAUAGUUAAAUAUUUGUGUAUGGAGAUAUAUUUUUUUAAAAAAAUAUUUACGAUCAAUAAAUGCAUAGUGUACUUGUUACAAGUGCUAUAGAGCACUCGAUUAAAUGUGUGCAAGAAAAAGAAGGCGCGUUUUAUUCACCCAUGUGUAUAGUAACAUCAACCUUACCUGACCAUCAUCAUCGACCUACAUAACAACCGGCAACAUUAAUUUUAAAUAUAUUACAACAAAAAAUACAUACAAUAUAAAAUAAUAAUAAUAAUUAAUACGGAGCAAAACAAAGUGCUCCAAAAAGAGAAAAAAUAAAAAUUAUUUUAAAAUGAAUAUUUAAUUAAUUAUUAAAUUAAUUAAAAUUAAAAUUCAUAUACAAAAGCAAUAAUUUAUAAUUAUUUAAAAUAUAAAUAAUAAUUAUAAUAAUGGAAAUUGAAAUUAAAUUUUUACCUUGAUAUGAAUGAAAAGAAAUCAAUAAAUUUUUAUAGUACAAUGUGUUUUGAAAUGUAUUGUUGAAUUUUAGUACAAUUAUUUAUACCGGAAGAUAUAUAGACUGCAAAUUUUUUUUAUUUUAAAAAAGACACCACAAUUUUUUAAACGAAAGUCAAGUAUAUAAAAAGUUGUAUUUUUAGCAGUUUGAUCUUCACUGAAGAAUCGCUAAACCGGUUUUUAAAAGUAACGUUCUGAAAAAUAAAAUAAUAAAAAAAAAAAAAAAAUAUAAAGUUUAUAAUAAAAAAAAAAAUUAACCAAAGGCGAGAGGAUAUCUUGUGUUAAAUAUAUAGAGGAAUUUUUAAAAGGACAACAACACGAGGAUACACAUAUUUAUAUGAAAAUAAUUACGUGAGGUCAUGAUAAAAAUGCACAAGUAGUUUUAAUUCAAAAAUAAUAUCAUUAACUGUCAUUCUGUGAUAAAAUUGAAUUGUUUUUUUUUUAAAUCUCAAGUUUAUUUAUCUAUCAACAAAGUGAAAAUAAUAUUUAAAAAAUUUAACGAGUGAUUAUGUGAUAAAUUAUUGAUUUUAUUUUUGAAUUUUAUUUUUUUUAUAUUUUAAAUUUUGAGUUUGAAAAGGUGGGAAAUUAAAAAAGUGUUUGUUUUUUUUUUUGUGAGUUGGUAAUAGUGUUGUUUAAAUAUUUAUUAAUAUUUAUUGUUAAUUUUUGAUGAGGAAAAAAAGUUUAAUAUAAUUUUUAAAAAUAAUAAAAUAAUAAAAGGCAUGAAGAAUGGCCGAUACAAACAGUCGACAUGGUGUUCGGGGUAUUGUUACAAGAAAUGAACCAUCUGAUUGGGGUAAACAACGUGCAUUGGCUGCAAGGGGUGCAACUGUUGCACUUGUUAUUGGUGUCAUUGCAUUUUUAUUACAAGGUGCUGUUACAUUUACACCGGCCUGGGGAUAUUUUGGAGCACCUUAUGGAAGACAGUCUGAGCAUGGAUAUUUUGGUCCUUGGAAGGUCUGCCAAACACUGACGUACGAGAGAGAACGAUGUGGAACAGAUGUUUCACGAUUUCGACCAAAUCAAUCAGUUCAACUUGGUGGAAUAGCAGCAGCUGGUGCAUCGAUAUUUCUAGCAAUAUUUGUGUUACUUGCUGUGCUUCAACUAUCAAUGGCAUCAUCAGCAAAACGAACAGUCAUUUCAUACAGUUCAGCUUUGAUUGGCAAAGUUACACUGGCGACACUUGCUACAUGCUUGGCAAUUGUCGCUGCUGGUUUGUUUGCUCUGCAAACAGAUGAUCGUGCAAACAGCUUUGAAAUAACAAGAGGCGAGGGAUUUUAUAUGCAGCUUGGAUCAAUUGCUCUAAGUUUUGGUGUCCUUGUAUCGUCAAUUUACGAGGGAAUAUAUUCAAGAAGGGGUGGUGAUCCAACGAAGCUUCGUGAUGUCGCUGACAUGCGAUCAACCACAAUCAAUAAUCCAGGAUAUCGGGAGGGUGGUCAUCAUCAUCCAAGAAAUGGUGGAAGUAUAUCAAUGACUGAUGCAAGUGGCAAACCAUAUUCUGGCAGUACUGGUAACGGUUCAAUGGCAUCAGUGACAACAAGUGUCGGUAGUACAGCAUCACCACUUAGAAGUUCAUUAAAAAAACCAAAACCACUUGGUAUACAAAAUCCUGGCUUCUCAUCUCACAGUCCAACAUUAACAAGAAAUGGAUCACAAAAAAAAGUUCGAAUUCAAACACACUCAACUGAAGUUUGAACGAAAAAAAAAAACAAAAAAUAAUAAUAAAUUAAUAAUAUAGAGAUUGUUUUUUAAUUUUUUUUUCUUUGUUUUUUAAUUUAAAAAAAAAUAAAACAAACAAAAAAUGAAAUUCUAUAGGUCAAUGGGCCUUGGGCAAGUAGGAGUUGUCAGUGUUUUUAUCAAUAAAAAAAUACUGACAUCAAAACUAAUCAAACGAGUUGUGAUAAGUGGAAAUUGCAGGAUAAAUU